AUGGAGAAAGAAGCGACAUACAUUUGUGACCGUUGUAAAGAAAAUGCAAAUGCCAGUGAAAAUAAAUCAAAGAAUUAUCGCUGGAUUGUUUCAAUAAAAACUUUAUUUCAGUGUGCUAAAUGUUCGAGGCAUUUUAAUAUAGGAUUCAGAGUUACAGAUACGAUAUCAUUGAUUGAUGCAUCCAAAAAUGCAGCAUUAGUUGCCGACCGGAAUGAAAAUGUUUGUGGCAAUGAAGGUUCCAAAACUGAACACAAAAUCCAAGAAAACCAGCCAGUCGAAUCAAAGGAAAAACCGCUCAAAUGUGAUGCUUGCCUUCGAGUCUUCAAAACCAAAACAGGUCUUCAAAGGCAUAAGAAUGUACACGAUGAGAAGAAGCCUUUUAGAUGCGAGGUGUGUCAUUUACAAUGUACAUCUAAAGCAGAUUACAACGAACACUUAAACAAACAUUCCAACCGAAGACGUUAUAAAUGCAGUGUUUGUACUUCGGCCUUUAAAUUUAAAAAAGGUCUUCAAGCCCACAUGAACAAACACGAUGACCAGAAACCUUUCAGGUGUGAAUUGUGCAACAAGAGUUUUGUUACUAAACAAAAGCUUGAAUGUCACAUGUCCAGUCAUUCGAAUGAAAGACCUUUCAAGUGUACUGUAUGUCCUUCGAUGUUUAAAACUAAAAAUAACCUUACUACGCAUAUGAACGUUCAUAAAGAUCAGAAUCCUUUCAGGUGUGAAUUAUGCAACAAGAGUUGUGCUACUAAACAUGCGCUUGAAUGUCACAUGUCCAGUCAUUCGAAUGAAAGACGUUAUAAGUGUGGACAAUGUUCUUCGAAGUUUAAAACUAAAGCUAGCCGUUCUACGCAUAUGAACGUACAUAAAGAUCUGAAUCCUUUCAGGUGUGAAUUGUGCAACAAGAGUUGUGCUACUAAACAAGCACUUGAAUGCCACAUGUCCAGUCAUUCGAAUGAAAGACGUUAUAAGUGUGGACAAUGUUCUUCGAAGUUUAAAACUAAAGGUAGUCUUAUUGUGCAUAUGUAUGUACAUAAAAAGCAGAAUCCUUACCGGUGUAAAGAGUGCAAUAGGAACUGCUAUUCUAUAGCCAGUCUCAAACAGCACAUGGCGUCUCAUUCCGAUGCAAGGCCUUACAAGUGUCAUAUUUGUUCUUCGUCCUACAAAGCAAAAUUUAAUCUCACUGUUCACAUGAAGAAGAAACAUCAAGAGGAUAGUUUGAAAUAA